CACGAUCCUUGGGACAGGCGAGAGCUUGCUCCGUAUAGUCUAGAAGCACCAGAGCCAGCCGGACGGACCUUGGUCGUGCCUGUGCGAUGAGAGCCACGUUGGGAGUGGUCGCGCAAGAGUGGCCAGGCUGCGGCCCUUCCCGAGCGGAUGAAGCAGCCAUAUGCCUCCAGCGCCGAUGAAAACGGGCUGCGCACGUAGACCGUGCGCCCUCCGUCUACGGAUAAAUGAAAGCUGGCCUCGUGGUACAGUGAAAGGGGGUUCUCUAGGGCUCUUUUGCGCGUACGUGCACCGCAGACGGGGUCCCAUGGCAGUCCUGAUCAGGCGGCGUCGACAGGAAAUUAUGGCAAACGCAGGAGGAGCUGGUGGAAAUCCGUUGGGAGGACUGUUUCUUUUUUUGAAUUUGAUUUUUUUUUUCCGCCCACUGCCAAUCUCGGGAGUGGGUGACACGUCCCCCGGGAUCCUUGCGGGCUCCGGACGCUCCCGCCGAAGGACUGGACGGAAUUGGGUAAACGGCGUUUGGAAAAAUCUCAAAGGACAUAGUUCCGGCCCGUUUGCGGAGUCCGGGUGACCGGGCGGGAUAGAUGCUCGCAGCAGAAGCCGACGCGCAUUUGGACGCGUCAAGUCAGAGGUCGAGAGCGGAAGGGGAAGGGCGAGGCGCAGAGCCCCCUAGGCGGACAACACAUCGCUGAUGUGAGUGUAGGAGCGCAUGAUGAUCGGCCGCACGUCUUUUCUCGCACGGUCGGCUACGUCAGGGCAGCACGAGGCUUGCUUGGAACACGACAACGGCCGCCAUCACUUAGGCCGGCGG